AUGGCGCCCGAAGCUAUACUAUCGCAUCUGCACCGCGCAGACGGUUCGGCGACGUACACACACAACGGAUACUGCAUCAUUGGCGCCGUCAAUGGACCUAUCGAAGUGCUGCGGCGCGAUGAGAUGCCCGAGGAAGCGACUGUUGAAGUCAACGUGAGGCCAGCGGUGGGCGUCGGAAGCCCGAAAGAGCGACAUUUGGAGACAUUACUACACAGCACACUACGAAGCAUCAUCUUGACGCGGAGUAUACCACGGACGCUCGUACAGAUUACCCUCCAAGUGCGAAGCUUGCCAGACGAGGAGAGCUCGACUGGUGUCAGCCCUAGUCUAUUACUCCUCCCACAUCUCCUCCACACAUCGCUCCUCGCCCUCCUCAGCGCGUCGAUACCUCUAUCUACAACCCUCACCGCCGUUCUCAUCGCUCUACCUUCUACGAACACUGCGACAGCCUCCACGCAGUUACUUUCGCCCACUGCACAAGAGCUAUUACGCGCCAAACCCAUACGUUCUGCUCAUGUCUUCGCCUUCUCCGGGGAGGGCAAAUUGCUGCUGAAUGAAAGCGACGGUACAUUCAGCUAUGAGGAGUGGGACGAGGCGGCCGAGGCCGCUCAAGAAGUGUGUUGCAAGGAAGACGGUGGGGUCGGUCUGGGCGAAGGCAUGGAAGUAGACGGUAGAGAAGGACAGAACCUAGACGACUGGUUGCGGAGUGUCGUACGGACGAAGGUGGGACACGAGCAGCGGUGGAAGUCUACGAGUUGA